ACUGGACUGUGUGAAAGCAGAAACGGAGGGUUGAAUUUUUACUCCUUGGCUGGGUGGUGGGAGGAGGUGGUGGACGGUGUUUAAGGAGGAUAAACUGAGCUUGAAGCCGCCAGGAGGGGACCAGGAGCUCCGUCUGCUGCCGCUGCUGCUGUGACCCCCAGACAGCAUCAACAUGGAGCUGGAGAACAUCGUAGCCAACACGGUGCUGCUGAAAGCACGGGAAGGAGGCGGCGGGAACAGAAAAGGAAAAAGCAAGAAAUGGAAGCAGCUGCUGCAGUUCCCCCACAUAAGUUUGUGUGAAGAGCUGCGACAAACCACAGAGAAGGACUACAGCAGCCUCUGUGAGCGGCAGCCUAUCGGACGAUUACUGUUCAGACAGUUCUGUGAGACUCGACCCGAACUGAGACGCUGCGUCAAGUUCCUGGAUGCUGUGGCGGAGUACGAGGUGACUCCAGAUGAGAAGAGGAAGGAGUGCGGUCAGGAACUCAUCGACAAAUACUUCAGCCCAAAGUCGGAGGACCACGUGCCCGAGGUGGAGGAGGCCAUGAUGGCUCGGUGCACCGAGAGGCUGCAGCAGGAGGCCUGCAAAGAGCUCUUCAAGGACUGUACCAAAUUGAUCCAUGACUACCUGAGCGUGGCGCCCUUCGCAGACUACCUCGACAGCAUGUACUACAACAGGUUCCUCCAGUGGAAAUGGCUGGAGAGGCAACCGGUGACGAAAAACACAUUCAGGCAGUACAGAGUUUUAGGCAAAGGAGGCUUUGGAGAGGUGUGUGCGUGUCAGGUACGGGCCACGGGGAAGAUGUACGCCUGUAAGAAACUGGAGAAGAAGAGGAUAAAGAAGAGGAAAGGAGAGUCCAUGGCGCUCAAUGAGAAACAGAUCCUGGAGAAAGUCAACAGCAGAUUUGUAGUGAGUUUAGCGUACGCCUACGAGACGAAGGACGCUCUGUGCCUUGUGUUGACCCUCAUGAACGGAGGAGACCUGAAGUUUCACAUCUAUCACAUGGGCGAGGCGGGUUUUGACGAGAAGAGAGCCGUCUUCUACUCUGCAGAGAUCUGCUGCGGGCUGGAGGACCUGCACCGAGAACGCAUCGUCUACAGGGACCUGAAACCAGAGAACAUCCUGCUGGACGACCACGGCCACAUCAGGAUAUCAGACCUGGGUUUAGCGGUUCAUGUACCAGAGGGACAGACCAUCAAGGGACGGGUGGGAACAGUAGGAUACAUGGCUCCGGAGGUGGUGAAAAACGAACGCUACACCUUCAGCCCUGACUGGUGGGCGCUGGGCUGCCUGCUGUACGAGAUGAUCGAGGGCCAGUCUCCCUUCCAGCAGAGGAAGAAGAAGAUCAAGAGGGAGGAAGUGGAGCGGCUGGUGACGGAGGUGGUGGAGGAAUAUUCCAGCAAGUUCUCCGAGGACGCCAAGUCCCUCUGUAAAAUGUUUCUGGCCAAAGAUCCCACAGAGAGGCUGGGCUGCCAGGGGGGCGGAGCCUCUGAGGUCAAAGCCCAUCCCAUCUUCCGCUCCAUCAACUUCAAACGCCUUGAGGCCGGCAUGCUGCAGGCCCCCUUCAUUCCUGAUCCGCAGGCCAUCUACUGUAAAGACGUGCUGGACAUCGAGCAGUUCUCCACAGUGAAAGGAGUAGAGCUGGAGCCGAAAGACGAGUCUUUCUACAGCAAAGUGUCCACAGGCAGCGUCUCCAUUCCCUGGCAGAAUGAGAUGAUCGAGACAGAGUGUUUCGCAGAGCUGAAUGUUUUCUACCCGGACGGGACGGUUCCUCCUGACCUGGACUGGAGAGGACAGCCGUCUCCUCCACCCAAACAGGGACUCCUGCAGCGGCUGUUCGGCCGACAGGACUGCUGUGGUAACUGCAGUGACAGUGACGAGGAGCCCACCAGGCUGUGACACACACACACACACACACACACACACACACACACACACGAUCUCAUUUGUUUACAACUUUUGCACAUUUGUAUUUUUAAGAUAGUACUAUCUCUAAAUGUCAGAAUGUAUAUUUUCAGCAUAGCCAUAAUGUUUAAUGUUAUUUAAAAAGGUGUGAAAUAUCGGCCGUCGACGCGUUCCAAACGAGGAGACGAUGAACAGAUGUUUGGUUUUUUUGUUGCUUUAGUUUGUUUAUUUUUUGUCCAGGGAAGGCUUUGCUUUCACAUUCAUCCACUUCCACAUUUCCAUGUUACUGAUCUGGGAGCUGCUGCUGGCCGCUGAGCAGCUCGCCUGCUGUAAAAGUGCCUUGCUGGAGGGCACUGUGACAGUGGUCACUAAGGGAGUACUGAGCAUUCCUCGAUCUCUUUACUUUUCCCCACUUUGUCCAGGGAAUCGAACCAGUGACUUUCAGCUCAUGAGCUGUGACCAACCUCACUCUAGUGUCAGCUCUGUUUGUCUUCUAUUUAAUUCUUUUAAAAGUGUGGUUUUUAUUUUUGCUUGGAAACUAUGGUUUUGACAUGGUAACGCCAGAACCAUCUGCAGAUGUUUUUAUAUCAAUAGUAUUAUUAUUUUUUAAAUUUUCGAUGAUGAAUCUCUUGAGACAGUUGACUCGUUGUGUCAGUGCCGCUCCAGUUACUCUCGUCAGUUCGGUGUCUGUAAAGAGUUAUUUUAGAAGAACGUGUUGUGCGGUUGUGUUUUACAGAAACUCUGAGAGUUAAAUGAAUCGCUUUCAUGCUCUGAUUAUACAAGUUGCUUGUACCAACAUGCCUUUUUGUUAGCGCUUAGUUUUGUUUUUUUUUUGAUUUUUUGGAAUUCACACAUUAUGUUAAUAAUAAUAAAAUAAUAAAACUGUAUUUAUAGAGCACUUAUCAAAACAAAGUACAAAGUGCUUCACAACAAGAGAAAUAAAACGCCACAGUGAAUGACGAAAUGUAAAGAAAUAAAAUACACAAAAGCAAUAAAAUAAGCAGCCAGUUCAGGUAAAAUCAGGAUCUGCUUUCAGAUAAUAAUGUGUUUUGAGACGAGACUUAAACGAAGACGCUGACUCAGACGGCCUGAUGUCUUCGGGCAGGUUGAUGUUAAUGCUGCAGUGCUCGAACUGGAAUAAAUCGAGCGAACCAGCAGCCUGCAAAGCACACGAUGGUAACACUUUAUUUUACGGGUCUCUAAUUUCAUUAACAAUUUCUUACUACGUUUUCUAGAAAAAGAAAGGAUAGAGACAAAGUUCUAAGACAGUUUCUUGAGUUUUGUUAGUUGCGUUAAGUUUAUAAGUAUUUUUAUUGAAAGAAAUGCUCCAUUUAAACCCCAGGAAAUAUCCAUUCAUACCACUAUACUAUAUCUGUAUACAAACGUUAUUCUUCCUAUAUAUUAAAUUGUGUGCUCGUCUGUAGAAAAUGACACCAGUGUCAAAGCAAAAUGAUUACAGUCUGAGACACUUGAUGAAGAAUACAGUUAGAUUCGGCGGAAAAGGCUUUGAGGGAGAAUCUCCAAGAAUCUGAGCAGCAACAAGGAUUCUCUGGGAACAAAUAAUCCUCCCUUAACCAACACAUACACGAACGUUCAAUUUUACUAAAGUCAGUAAGACCAGAAAUAACACGCAAGGAUGGCGUCGGGGUGGCGGAGGGAGCUGUGGCAGCAAAUGUCAGCUGAUGCCAGUCCGCUAAAGCAAGCAUCGUUUAAGUGCUCUACCUCAUCUAAAGCUCUGCUGCGUUCGUUUUAGGGGACAAAUUGCUUAUUUGUAAUACAAAAUACAGUAAAUUCAUGUACUCAAAUUAUUAAACAAACUGGGUAAUUGUGGGUGUAUUCAUGUACAGUCGUUUGUGGAGGUGCGAGCAGAAAGCAAAGCUCUUGUCCAACGUCUUUGUCUCCGUUUGCAGCUUGUUUGAGCAGGAGACACUAACUACACACGAGUACAUUCAUUCACUAGAGAAUGGCAGAACCGAGUAAUAAGAACUAGUACUGGUCAGUACCGGCCCAGUUCAGAAAAGAAGUUCUCAAUCCUCCUAAAAAGGAUCUGUUUUGACUUUUAAAACAGAUGAAAAAAGCUUUUAAUGUCUGAAUGCUGACCAAAGGCCAGUUUCACAGAAGCGACUUGCCUUUGCUGCUCACAGGCAGAUUGCCCGUUGUGUUUUUUUACAUUACAUGAAUUUGGCGGAUGCUUUUGUCAAAAGCGACUUACAAGUUUUCCAUACGCAAACAUCACGCACCAUGCAUCAAUUUGGGGUUCAGCGUGUUGCUCAAGGACACUUUGUCAUGUCCUGUCUACUAACUGAGCUACAUGAGCCCAAACUGUAUCAGUGUUUAACGGCCGAACAAGAACUUCGCCUUGUAAAAAUGCCAAACUUGCAGUUUAAAUCAGUCAACAUCUGAUCACAAAAUACGUAAACAAGACUUGAGGUGAUUUACGUUUACUUACUACAGACACAAUUUGAUAGUUUGAAGUGUAUAAGCAAAUCACAUAGGUUUGUUUUUUCAACUUGUCUCUCAGGGUUUCUGUAGAAUUUCUUAACUUCCCCACGAUUUUAUUCCCUGCUCUUCCUCUCUUUUUUCGUUACUUUGCUCAUGAGCGGAUGGUUGUCGGAUGAUUUCCAGCCUGUGCAGGUUUACAUUCGCCCUGCCGGUAGAGCACGUCGUGUGUGUGGUAGUAACAAUGCAAGAAAAGAGUCCAAAGUUUCGUCCAUCCAGAUCUGCCGCGGGCUGCAUCCUGAGCUGAUCAGACGAUUAAAGUCACAUAGAAGCAACGACAAGAGUAACUGAAGCUUUUGGGUCAAAUCCUUCAGAGCAGAGACUGAAGCUGGUCUGUUCGUGACUGCAGUGAAUCACUCAGCUGGUACUGUUGCAGUCAAUGGCUUCCUCAAAGAAUAUGGCCUCUGAUUUUAAGCUAUUAAAAUGAAAUACCUCUGAAUGUGCGAAUGGCUGUCAUGUUCUUUCUGUAGACUGAUAUUUGAGAAGAUGGACAACAGAAACCAGACACAAAGUUGUUGUUUUUCUCCUGCUGUUAAAUACGAUAUUGAAUCACACUUGAUCUUGGACGUAACAACCAUGCAUUCAUAAAUGUGUGGAAUUCUCCUUCAACUGUCCCACGGUAUUCAAAUAUCAUUUUUGUGUUUUGUAAUUUUGCUUUGCAGAAUUUCUCCUCCAAACUGAACCAAAUACUGACGUUUCAGCUACAUUUAUCAAAGCUGAAGCGAGGUCGUGUUGUGUAUCAUAAAUGAUGGCAAACAGCGUUUUUAAAAACAUUUUCUCAGUUGCCUCUAGUGGUAUGAAGCCAUGCAGAUAGUAGAAAUGUGAAUGAAAGAAAUGUAAAGAGUUUCUUUUUUUUUUUUUUUUUUUUUUUUUUUAGGCGAGAAAUUAGCCGUUUAGAUUUUCUUCUUGAAUAUUUGCUCCGACAUUUCCGGAGCUGCGAGGACCUGAUAGCUGCAGAAGACCGUGGACCGGGUCAUUAUCUGUGUUGAGAGGCCAACUGCUGAUCAAUUUUAAAUGAAAUUAUUUAAUGCUGUGAGCACCACACAUGUCUCAAAACCUGCCAUAUGAAACCAACACUAUCUGCAAGGCUAGGUACCGCCAGAGCUAGCUGGGAAAAGUAUGUUUUGAUGCAGAGUAGGGCUGCAACAAACGAUUACUUUUCAAUAUUGGCUAACCUCCUGAUUUCUUCUCAGUUUAUCGUUUUGUCUAUAAAAUGUCAAAAAAUUGUGAAAAAUAUUUACUUUACUGCCAUGUAUGACAAAUAAAUGCAUUCAAUUCUUACAUUUGAGAGGAUGGAAACAGCAAAAGCUUGACUGGUUAUUCAUUCGAUUAAUCGACAAAUCGUUGCAGCUCUAAUACAGUCUGUGUUGAAAAACAACACUUAUCCUUUAAGACAUUCACUUCAAAAUUGGUUUGUUUUUAAUAAUAGUAAUAAUCAACCAACUGUGUGGUUUUUAUGAAUUUUGGCGUCAAAAAAAAGGCCUUUUGAUGAGCACGAGACGGAUUCAUUGUUCAAGUUUCUUUGUAUAAAUCAGCAAAAGUCCUUCAAAGUUUCCCUCCUGCUGUCUGCUUUUUGUUUAGCCACGGAGCUACCAGUCAGUUCAAACCAAACCAGUUAUCCAUAGAAGAUGAAAGAUGACGCAGUCCUUCCCAUCCAAGGUGCCUUCUGGUGUUGGAAGGUCCUCCUCCAGCCUGUAGUCGCCUCUUUUUAUAAAUACUGUGUGUGUGUGUGUAUGUACAUGUGCUGCUGCGUCAGCUUCAGUUCACGUCCUGUCUGCGGUACCUCGUGCGUUCGUCGACAAAACUGUCGCUCUGGAUGUGGAGGACGGCGAGGCUGAAAGAAACCCUGCACUUAAAGACUUGUGUGGACUCUCCUACCCCCGACCUCUGAACUCUGCAGUCUCUGCGGUGACUUUAUAAAGACUGAGAGGUCAAAGGGGAAUUUGGGGAGUCCGAAGAGCUUGCUAACAUCCACCAAGGACGUUUAAAUCAGGACUCAACUGUGCUGUGUCUCUCUGCUGUCAGAUAACCUCUGUCUGUUAUGUUUCCUGUGCGUUAAUGAUGCAUCGACACUGUAAUCAGCCUUAAAGUAUAAUUCCAGUUUAUUACAACUUAACGUCUCAUUUGUGUAGUUUAGUUCAUCUUUCUUAUCAGUAAUAUUAACAUUGGAUUCACGGAGUUAAUGGCUUGAGUCUGGGAACACGGUCAAAAAAGUCAGACAGGUCAAGAAACACUACUGAAAAGCACGUCAGUCAGCUACUACGGGCAACGGAGUCCCACGUGGACACAAGUUAGAUCAAUGCAGCUUAUUUCAUGUUAGAUUUGUGUAUUUUUUGUGUUUUUCUCACUGGUUUGAAGUGGGCGGGGCUCAGUUGGAAAAAGGCGAUGUCACAAAAUCAAAAUGCGAUGACAUCUGUCGGGUUGAUUGCUUAUGUUGUCUGGCCACGCCCACGCAGUCCGGAUGAAGCCGAUAACCUGAGUUGGUUUUAAGAGCUGGCCCCCGUUUUGUUAGUGUGGAGGACCGACGCGUGCGUGGGCAAACGUGGACGUAAACAAUGUUUCAUAUUCUUCUACAACUUGUCUCUGCAAAUGUUUGAUAGGCCUCAAUACACACGAUUGAUAAAUAAGUUUUUGCCCCCGAACUUUAACUUUGAUUGUUGCUUAUUUAGUCAUGAAUAUUUAAUGUUAUAGAGGAAUAUGUUCAAAGCCAAGUUUUCAUGGGCUUUAAACAAACACGCUAGCGGUUUUCGGUUAGCCAAACUUAUGUGGAAGAGUUAACUGCUCCUAGCAACCGCUGCGUUAGCCUCCAUGUUGACUAAAAAUCAGACGGUUAUGUCACUCGCUACCGAUUGGGUGGGGCAAAACAAAAACCAUCUCUUCUAACAAUAAAUGAACUGACAUGUACGCAAUAUCAGACUGAAUGAAUGAAGGGAAACAAAAUGGCUGUUCAGCGUGAUCAUCAGGCCACUGAGGAGACUAAAUAAAUACUGAAAACUGCGUUUUGGAGCACUACCAAGCCCGCAUGAAUACUUUAUAUCUGAACAGGGCCAUGCAUGCCAGUGUUUCCAUAACUUAAUGAACACUUUCAGGGAGAACAACUAGAGUAAUUAGCCUUUCACCCAAAAACUAUUAGCUAACACAGAAACGAGUAUCUUAAUACUUUCCACCCUUCAUGCAGCAUGUCGCCUAUUUUCGCGCAGAAUCCUUAUUAAUGUGCUAGUUCUUGCUUUUACUUAAGUUUUGUAAAAUAUCUAAGAUAAUUAAUUAUGUGUUUCUGCUUGUCUGUUAUACUAAGUAUUAUUUGGAAUAAUGUGUUUAUCACAGCGUCCGCCCUGUUUUAAUCAAGAUGAGGCUGUGGCUGCCUCGAAACCAGUUAGUGAUGGAAAUGCCAAAUAGGUUUUGUGUGAAUAAAUUGAGAUAAAGCCACGGCUUAGCGAGAUGGGAUCGUAGCUGCUGUGUUGGUUUGUUUCUGAUUAUCUGACCGACUUGUCGCAUUUCUUUUUAUUGAUGUCACAGUAUUCCCAGAUCUCAGCUAUUAAUUUGAUGAGUCCAAUGUUAUUAUUACUAAUAGAAAUGAUGGACAAAUUGUAACAAAUCAGAAUUAUCAUUUAAGGUGAAAACUGCUUAAAUUGGUAAAAAAUCAGAAUAGAAACAAAUGCUUUUAUCCUUUAGGACUAUAAUCUUGAUUUACAUGUGUCUAAAAUUGAAGCAGACUGUUUUUCCCAAAAUGAUCUUGAAUCUCUGUAACGGACAUUUUGUUUCCACGUUCACUAAUAUGGGUUUUAUUUUUUGCGAGAAAUGAUCCAAACUGACGGUCCAGCUCGGCUUCAGCGUCACCCGAUAACUUGAAUAUCAGUGAAAGCAGGUGAAAAGGUGCGGGGCGUCUUCAGCGUGUGUGGGUACUUUUCUUUACGAGGGAACAAAUCCUGUACAUUAUUUGUUUUUGUUUUUAGCUUAGCAAUAAUGUUUUAUAGAUUUAAAAUGACUGUCAAUCGCUGAGAGCUGUCUAUGGGUGUGUGUGUGUGUGUGUGUGUGCGCGCAUCCUGUUUUUCUGUUGCCACUGUUGUUUUCCUGAGCCCAGCCUGUAAACACUGUGAGAACAGAGGGAAGGCUUUAGUUUUGUACCAUAAACCGACUCUCUGUGGUUUUGUACUUCUACCUUUGUGAGGACCAGUUUGAGCUUUAGACCUGAAGAGUGAGGACAUAUUUGGACAGCUUGUCUGGUCCUCACUUCUUCAAAAGGGGUGUUUCAGGGUUACUAACAAACUAAAGCGAGAUGUGUCAACCUUGGUGUUAGUCUAAUAUUUUUUAUGGCUGGUCAUAAUAACAUUUUACUUGCCAACUCCGCACUAGCCUGAUCAUCAGACUGAAUUGCCAUUUCCUUUCACGUCAUUAAGCCUUAGCCUGACACUGUUAGCGCGCUAACUGAUUUCUGUCCCGCCAAGAUGACCUGACAGCCGUUGUAGUGGUUGAUUUAAUACAGUUAAUGGUUUUUCACAACUGAUUUAGAAGUACAGCGGCAUCGGUCUUUGGAGCCUUUUUUGUGGCCAUUUUCUGUAGCGAAUGUUUCAUGGAUGCAGGGAGCUAGCUAGCUAUGUAGGAAGAGGAUGUCCCCGUUCUUAAUCCCACCUACAAAGGUCUGAUUGGUUGUUUCGACACUUUGUGAAUCACCGAACGCAGCAGAGAAGUGGCCGGUGAUUCAGAGGUCUGGAACCAAACUACCUUCACCGUGGAGAUUUGGGAAACAACAUUGACCACGGCAAGGAGCGUGAGCCUCCUACAGCAUCACAAAAAAACACGGAUCAUCUCAAAUACUUCUCUCUGAGUCUGACCAGAAGUGAACACGGAAAGUGGUUUUGUAGAAAUCCCUGUAGCUGUUGUAGUGAACACUCGAAACACUCGAACACCCGAACCGUCCGGUAACCUUACCUUUGAGACCCGAACCGACUGAACCCAACUAGUAAUGCCAAAUUUGAGAUCUAAAACCUGACCCAAGAUCUGUGGCAUUCACUCAUUCAUUACUCCCUGUGUAAUAGGUGUAGAGUCGCAUGACUGUAAUUUUCAUGUACAUGCCUUGGACUCAGAGGUACAUCAGGGGGGUAACAUGGGAAAAUCGUGUUGAAUGUUUCUCGGCAAAUUUAAAAAACUGAAAUUAUGGUCUGGUAAAAGUUUAGGAGGAAAAUAAACACACAUGAAGGAUUACAAAUCAGUGUGAGGCUCACAAUAACCAAUAAAACACAAGCUCUAAUACCACAAGUGUUGCGGCUGAGAAUGAGAGAGCUAGAAAGUCGAAACGACUUGAUAAGGAGACUUUUACCUAAAAGGUGAUCAUAAGCUUUGCUUGAAAAAUCUUCAUUAGUAAAGUAACUAGUAACCCUUAAAUAAAUGUGCUCAGAAAUAUUAAUAUUGUGGAGUAAAAGUAUAAAGUAUCAUAAAAUGAAAAUACUCAAGUAAAGUACCAGUACCUCAAAGCCGUACUUAAGCACGGUACAGAUCCCACACUGAUCGUAAAACCACGCCAGACCCUCACACCUGCAUCAACAAACCGGCAGGUGAGCAUGAAUACGGCAGACGUGCAGCUAGCAUGCUGUGCGGUUAGCUACAACAGAGCAGAUAUCGAGGGGAGUACUUCCUGUUUGCUGUUUGAGACGAUCUCUGUGGGAUGUUUUUUGGAAAGCUGUGACGUAGGUUGACUGACGUUCUUGCUGGAGGGGUAAUGAGUAUGUUCCCAUGACCAAUGACGCCGAAAAAUAUGAGAAGACCCAUAAUAACCCUUCUGUGGUUAGGGUCAUUAUAUUUGCGAGGGUCCUCAUAAAUAUAACCAUACAAACAUCUAUGCAUGUAUGUUACAUAACCACUGAUUCACUGCCUGAUGUUGUUUUCUUUCACUGAGUUUCACUUUGACGCAACUUUUAUCAGGUUUCUUACGCGGGAAAACAUUUUAAGUUUGUUUUCUCACAAACUGAUUGUGUUGAAAUAAAUAUUAAUAAACAAGCAGAUGUAAAUUUCACAUGAUUUUUUUUUUGUUUGUUUGUUUUAAUUAUACCGCUGGUUUAGCCUGUUUUAAAAUAUUUACAACACAUCACAUUAACUUUAUAAUAAUUAGUACCAUUUUCAUUACAGUUUGUCUUUUGUCCAGGCAGCUAUUGGCCUCCACUAAUUUCAGUGCGAUACAAAAAUAAAUGUAAAAUUUGCUUGAGAUACAGUUGUUUAACCCAUCAUAGUGAGGAUCGUGUCAGUAAAACACCAGUUUAAUAAAUAAACCGUUAAAUCAGCUAAAUAAAAUAGUGAAAUAGUCAAUAAAAUGACAAAAAAAUAUAGAUGCUACAUUCAAUUACCUGAGAAGAAUGCAAAAGAGAGUAUGACAACAUUUUUUUUUAAUUCAGUGUCACAUUAAAACAGUUUCUUUGAUCAAUGACAGGUCAGGUUAAUGGCAUCAUUUAACUGUGAUACUUUUGAAUGAAACGGUGGUGGAAGCUCUUUGAUAGCUGACUUUUACAAACAUUUGACACAAUCCUACUCAAACUACAGUUUGCUGUUUUCUACAUUUGUAUCUGUGCAUGAAAACACCGUCAUCCAAAGUGAAAUAUCUUCAUCAGCAGAAAAUAAUGCCUGGGACUGAUCAAUCGGAGGGUUUGCAACAGUCCCAGAACACUUCCUGUUUACCUCAAAAACAAAUGGAAGCUGUUGCUUGUAGGACAUCCAGUGCUGACAAGUUGAAUCACUCUGAAUUUAAGGGUUUGAAUGAGCUACGUGAAUGGGUGAGAGAACCUGAAGAAAUACUUGUAAUGUUGUGUCGAACUUGCUUUUGUGUAAAAUGUUUUCUUUUUUCAUGUCUGCUUGUAUUUGUUCAUGACAUGGUUCAAGGAUUCAGGGAGUGCAGCUCUGAAUGUGUUUGUUUAACUGCUCUAGAACAGCUUUGUUUUUACUCUCUCGUGUUAAUAACAGACCAUUAAUUAAUCCUAAGAGCCUUAAACAGCCUCUAUUAAUAAACAACCUGCUGUCA